AUGCCUCGCCAAAGUCUUCACAAAAGCGGUAUGACAAAGGACAGCACACGCAAGCGCAAGCUGUCCGACACAGCUCUUUCUACAACUCCUGAUAUCACCUCUGACAAGCAUGGAGCUUCCCAGCUCUCUGUUACCAAACCUAAAGCGCGUGCGGCUGCUCAUACCUUCGAAUAUGAUCCAUCGUCUGCGUCAAAGUUAGCAGCUAGGCCAACGUUGCGAAAGAGACCACGUCAUGGUACAGGCCAAAGAAUCUCUGAGCAAAAGGCAAAUGAACCAUCCCUACCGCUUCGCAUGAAGGGCAGGAGGUUAUUUUCCCAUGUGGAGAUACCAGCCCAUUUGCCGGGUCCAGCAUCAGGGUCCAUAAUCUUUCCCAAAAGACCACGACCACUCGUCAAGUCAAUAAGAGAGUCCUCACCAUUUCAUUCGAACCGUAAAGAGGUGUCUUCUCUCUCACCAUUACAUGUAUCAAGAACAUCAUCCUUCGAUGGCAAAUCCGCUAGCGCCUCUGAAAGUUCAGAGUCGAGUCCAGGGCGUCUGAAUACCCUGAUAAGUCAAGAUAAACCCGAUACAACAGCAUUGCUCACUUCGCUAAUCUCUUCCGGCCCUGCUCAAUUGCACGACCACAUCAUGGAACAGUUCAACAGAUACUCAGACGAAGUGCUAAGCAAGUACAACACUCCAAUGUUACACAUAGUGGAGGAAUUGAUGAAGGUCAAAGUGGCACAACUGAUGGUCAAACUUGAGAUGGAGAGGCGCAAGCAGGAAGCGGGUCUAGAGGACGAGUAG